GUGACCGUCGUGACGUAAGAGGACUGAGGCGUGUUAGGUUUUCUGAGAUGUUUUGCAAAUGUCAGUUCCGUAGGAAACUCAUUGUAAAAUCAGUUUCCUUGAUGGUUAUGUCGAUGUUUACCUGGUGGGGCUGAAUGCCCUCCACAGCUUGUAUUCGGUCGCAAAAUUUGAAUCCCUGCGAAUUAUUUUCGGUUAUUUGCAGAAUUGGAUUGUCACAUAAGUUUGAAGAUAAAUAGAAUUCUGCUGAAUACCGAAAUUCUCUCACUGAAUGUUUUCAGCAGAAAACGUAAAUUUUUAUCGGGAUACUUCUCAUAUCCUAUGGAGAUGGAUUCGAAUGAAGGGAAAAAUACAGAAAUGUUAGCAGAAAGUAGCUGUGAUGAUAGUCGGAACAGCACACAAACAAAACUCUUGAAGGAAUAUGAAGAGUGGGCUAAAUUGAACAGCAGUCUUCUUACUCUUUCUUCAGAUGGUGUAUGUGAUGAUGGAAGAAUUUAUUUGAAGUUUACUAUGGGUAGAAAUAAAACUUUCACAUUAUUCUGCCCUGCGUUGUACCCAAACCAUGAAGAUAAUGUAUUUUUUGUUGAAGCAACACCAUCACUUCAGUUGUGGUGCAAUACAAUAAAUGAAUUUAUUUUAGAUUCUGAUUCACUAUUAUCUCUGGAGACAAUAUUGUAUAAAGCUGCAGCUUUGUACUACAAAAAUGUUCCAAAGUCUCCGUGUAAUUCUUCUUCGGAUUCAGAAGUUGAAGGUGAAGAAGACAUGAUGCUAGGUGAGGAGUCAGAUGAAGAAUGGGAAUAUACUAUUUCUCAAAAGAAGAAACAAUGGAGAUUGAAAGAAGCCCUUGUGCGAGCAGUUACAAAUCAACCUAAGAUAUCUGAUAUGUUUGAAGGGAGUGUGAAAGAUCAUCCCAAACAAGUUUUUAGUAAUUCUGGAGCAUCAGGAAUCUUAACUAAUGAUUUGGUAGCUUUAAUGAAAUCUGCAAAACAGACUGGAAUUAAAGUAGAAGCUGUGGAAGAUAAUAUUUAUCGCUGGUAUGUGUUUUUAUCUUCAUUUAACCGUGAUGGUAAACUUCAAGAAGAUCUCCACCAACUUCAACAAAAAUAUGGAUACAAUUAUAUCCAGUUGCAGCUUGAUUUUACUAUGGAUUUAUAUCCUUUUUAUCCUCCAAUAAUUAAAGUUGUACGGCCUAGGUUGCAGGGAUCAAUGAUGUUAAGAGUUGCUAGUUUGGUUAAACUGUCUACUUGGAAUCCUGCAAGAGAUAUGAAAUCUGUUCUGGUAGAAAUUAAGGAAUAUCUUGGCACUUGGGCUCGACUAGAUGUUAAGAGUGAACGCAAUGACCUUAAGAGAUUUCCACAUGGCUCUUACCUUGACAUUGAAAAUCAUCUUCUUUGGUUAGCUUCUGUGAGUGAAAUCGCACCAAGAGCUUGUUUAAGAUAUCCAGAUAUUGCUCGUGAGUUUACCUUUUCGCCCGUAAACAAUGAGAAAUCAAAGAAGCCUAGCAAGAAUAUAUUUCCAGCUGGUACAGGUUUUAGUUCUGAUAUUCAUACUGGAUGGGAUGUAAAUGCUUUUUUGGCAGCCCAGAGAGAAAAAGAUAAACAGGUGGAAUGUGUUCUUCAGAAUAUUCUCCAGGAAUUGAAGACAGGUUGCAGUGCUAUGACCAAUGGAAAAACAGGAUGGUGUAAUAAAGCAUGGGGAAUUGAUGGUACUUAUAGCAGCUUUUCUGUCCCUUCUUGUAGUUCAGCCAAAGCAUCUGAUAGCACAUCUAACGAUAGCUGCAGGGUUAGCACAACAUCAAAUCACGUAACAAACAGCGAAAAAAAAAGUGAAGAGAAAAUGGUUGUUAACGAUGAAGUAGAUUGCACUUCUGCGCAGAAUGGGAUAAAUUCUACCGAUUUAGAAGAUCUCUUCAGUGUGUUAGAGGCGUCUACUCUUGUGCCUUUCUUAGUGAAGAAGUUGCAAGUGGACAGUUUUCUAGAAAUCUGCCAGCACACCUCUGUUUAUCAACGUGUUGUAGAUAUUAUCAAGGAAAUAGCUAGAUAUCCAGAACUUGUUCCCUUACUUUGGAAUCUACCAGAACAGAAGCACUCUAUUUACAGUUUAGUUCACAGAUUGGAAGAUCAAGCGAAGGUAGUCCUUGCAAAAGUAGGUAAAACCUCAGCAAACGGCAACAUUCCCAAAGGCAGCAAAGGUGCUAGUUGCUCAUCGGUUUCGAGUUCAACACCUGCGGUUUCCGACCAACAGCAAUCAGACGAUGAAAAGUUGGCUCGUGAUUUCUAUGAAAUGAGCCAAGCUGUGGAUGUUGCUUUACAAGAUCUGGGACUUCUGGCUUCACAGCCAGAGUUAGGAGCUUUGUUACCUGGCACUAGUCAGGUAUACACCAAAUCUUUAGCUCAGUCUUAUAAAGAAGCGCUCAAGGACAUGCAGUUCCUCAGCUGUGACAUUGAAGUGGAAGGUGCAAGUGCACAUCACUUCAGCUCCGAUUUUAAAAUGGCCCUCCCUCCAAAUUCUGCACAGGUGAUGAGGAUUGCUCAAGAAAUGGCUGCCUUGUCAACCGCUCUGCCCCUUGAUCUCGAGUCUGCAAUAUUCAUUCGCACAGAUGACGCAAAAUGCACAUUGCUGAGAGCACUUAUAAUAGGACCCGAGGGCACUCCAUAUUCAGGAGGUUGCUUCCAAUUCGACAUUUUUUUCCCAUCACGAUACCCAUCUUCACCGCCAUUAGUGCACUUUUGCACCACCGGCUUGGGCCAGGUUCGCUUCAAUCCCAACUUAUACGCCAGUGGCACAGUGUGUCUGUCAUUAUUAGGCACAUGGAAAGGUCUUCAAGGUGAACACUGGAAUCAGACCUCCACAUUAUUGCAGGUGUUGGUGUCUAUACAAAGUUUGAUUUUGGUCCCAGAACCAUUUUUCAAUGAACCUGGUUACGAAUCACUUUUGGGCACUGCGGAAGGUAAUGUUACAAGUAAGGCAUACAAUAUGGAGAUUUUGCAACACACAAUAAAUCACGCAAUGGUGAGCCAGCUGCGGAGGCCUAGUCCAGGUUUUGAAGAUGUAAUAAAUACUCAUUUUCGCAUUAAAAAGGAUCGUAUUUUGCAGGAAAUCAGAGGUCGAAUGGAUGGGGAAAAUUCACCUGCACUGGAAAAUGCCUUUGACGUUUUACAGGCAGAGUUUGAGAAAUUGUCAAGUGCUCCUAGUUCCAGCCAGAAGGCUGAUGAUGAAAUGCCUUGACCUCCAUUCCCUGAUAGAUGUUUAUUUAAUUGUGAUUUGUCAACAGAACUGUGAUAACAUUUGACUGAAGAAUUAGGUAUAGUUGUUAAAUCUGAUUGGACUAGAUAUCAGAAUAAAAUCAUAAUGGCAUAAUUGCAGAAUGCUAAGGUAGUAUCCACACUCGGAAAUCCUGAUCUGAUCAUGAGCUGUCAUUUGUUUGAGGUAUGAAUUAUGAUGAAAGGAUUGAUAGAAUGAUUAUAAGAUUGUUGUAUUAAGUGGAGGUCAGCUCAUCCCAUUUCAGUGUAUAAUUAAGCAAUCUUAAUGUCCAGAAUGCAGUGGUAUUACUGUUUCCUCAUUUUGAAGAGACCCUAUUCUGACACUUGGCAUUAGAACUAUCAAAUAAUAUUUUUUACAUUGAAGAUUUUGUUUUUAGUUCGUCAAACCAAAACAUAAAUGAGAGUGAUCUGCAUGAUGUUCAGAGUGUUGAGAAGUAAAAGGACCUAUCUUAUGAAAUGACUGCCACAGAAGUAUAUUCAAACAAAUAAAUCGAUUACUUCCUGGCCCCCACACUUCUUUUUGCAACUUAAUGUGACAGUCGGUGAUCUCUCUAUAAUGCCUUUGAAUCAAUAUUUAUACCAUCUAACUGUAUCCCUGCUAGUUAAAAAUGUAAGAAUGCAAAUGUAGUAAAGAAAUGUUUAUUUUUUGAUCAUGGUGCUUAUUGGAGCAGCAAUGUGCAACAGCACACAGUGCACAAAAUGUGCAUUAAUGCUUUUGAAUGCCUGCUUUUCGCAGGUUUUGCUUUUUGUACAUCUCUGUACCUGUGUGUUGUCUCAGUGUGUUAGCAGUUUUUUUGGAUGUCAGUGUCUUUUGCCACUGCUAUAUGUACUACCAUGUAAGGGUAUGUAAUGCGAAUUUUUGGAAUCAAAUGUUUAGUGCAAUGUAGUUCAUGUGUUUCAUGACAAUCUUUUCAUAUUUGCUUCAUAUUGCAUUUAAUGUACAGACUAGCAUACUAAUGAGCGAUGAAUGCUCUUGUACCUGUUGCUUACAAAGUUUACAAAUGUAUGCAAAAUAAUGUGUACACUACGUUCACUUACAGUAAGGAUUAUUCUGAAAAAUACCUGAUUUAUGUCAUUGUUCACAAGCUGUUCUUUGUGAUGUAAAUCUUGAAUAUGAGUUUGUUCUAACCUUUUUAGAAAUGGUAUUUCAAAUAAGCAUUGACUGGCAGAAGCCAGCCUAUGACAUCUAUGAGAAUUAAAGAUCCAUUGAUUGCAUUGACAAAGAACAGAACCAACAAUUCUAUUUUCAUGUUUAAUUAUUUGUUUAAAUAUUAAAAUUAACUAACCAAUUCAUGUUUCAUUCAUUUGUAUUAUUGAGAAGUUUAUUUUGUAUUUGAAAAAACAACUAAUAUUGGAAUUUUGGUGUUUCUUUUAUUGUUAACUGAUACAUGAAAAUCAAGUGUUUUAAAGUGCUAACUAUUUGAGGCAACCAAUAGCAAUUAGGUUGUGAUUUAAUGCAUGAAACAUGAAAUGAUCUUAAGUUAUGCCAUCAAAAUUAAAAGUAGAAGAUUAAUGAUUCAUGACAGAUAUCUUCAGACAAGAUUUUAUCAUCAGUAGUACGUACAUCUUGUUAGCUUUCUUGCAAAUAAUUUCAUUGUUCAGUCAUGUUGCAUUUAGAUAUGUUUAUAAAUGUUUUCAUAAAAAUAACUUGUACAUCUGAAUAAAAUACAGAAUUUAUAAUGCAGUAUAUUUUUAAUUCAUUUGCACAAGAAUGUACACAAUUAAUGUAUAAAAACCAUUUAUAUUGCAGGUAAAGAGGUAGUAGUUUGAAAUCAUAUUAAAAUUAUUUUUGUUUAAUAAUUUGAAAGUCUAGUGAAAUGAGUAGGAUAAUCAGUUAAUUUUCCUUAAUUUCUUCUUUGCUAGUUUUGAAACCUACACAUUUUACUAUUUUGAUGAAUUUAACAAUGAACAUCAGUUAACCUAUACUUGAUAUACUUACUACAACGACCAUCGACACUUCAAAUGCUGUGGAAUGUUAAUGUUUGUUACCUUUGUUACAUACUCUGCCUACCUUACUACUGUAUUAAGCAGUAUAUCGAGACGAUCUCUAAAUUGAUUUCAAAGAACCUUCAUUCUUUCAUUAAAGCUGAAAAAUAUAUAACCUGAAC